AUGGGUUCCCUUCCAGAUAACGUCAAUGCCAGCAACGCAGGGCGGAUUGUUGGCGUCGUUGGAGUUUUCCACUUCCUCGCUCUGGCAUUCGUUUCACUGCGCAUCUAUGCUCGUGUGGUGAUUCUUAGGGCUUUUGGAACCGAAGAUGCCCUCAUAGUGGCUGCCGCCAUUCUUGCCCUUGUCUCGUGGAUCUGUCUGGUCCUUCAGAUACCAUACGGACUCGGCCGCCAUGGCUCGACAAUACCGACGAGUGACAGAAUCGAGUUCGAACAGAUAUCCUUCUGGAAGACGGUUAUCUCAGACGGCGUUGCUAUGGGGCUGUUGAGGAUAUCGAUGGCGAUAAGUUUACUCCGACUGAAAAGGGACCUGCAGUGGUAUCAAUGGUCUCUCUACGCCGUGAUCGGAUUUGUCGUAGCUUAUUCCAUUCAAGCAAUCGCUUGGUUGUUUGUCUACUGCACGCCAUACUCGGGCUGGUGGGAGUUUCAGUGGAUGAACCCCUUUGAUCCAAGGUGCCAUGACUUCAACCUGUUCAUCAACUUGACGUACUGGAACAUUUCCUGUAAUAUCUUUACUGAUAUUUGCUUGGGAGCGCUACCGAUUCCCAUCAUCUGGCACUUGAAGAUGAGAUUUCGCGUCCGACUUUACGUGAUAGGCAUCCUCAAUCUCGGUUACUUUGCAAUCAUUAUGGGCGUUCUCAAGGCUGUGUUCAUGUUGACCACGGGCGGAAACCCAGACGCCAUUUUCGACUACUGGGUUCAUUUCUGGCAAAACCUCCAACUUAACGUUGGCAUCAUCGCAGCCUGUGCCUCCUACCUCAAGCCCCUUUUCGGCCGCCUCUUGAAGAUCAACAGCUCUGUUGGCUACUACCCAAGCAACGAGCGCUACGGCCGAAGCGGACAGACUCCCCACGGCGCUGGUGCCUCGCGUAGCCAUGCGUACUCGAGCGGUAACAAGAGGACCAGCAGAAUCCCGCUGGAUCGCAGUCUACAUGACGAGUUCGAAAUGCAUACUAAGGACGAUUUCCGCGUUACUGGAAGAUAUGUAGAUGGUGGCACUGGUACGGAUACUAGAGCCGAUACCGUGCGCUCGCCGGUUGCUAUGGAAGGCCGAUGCUCCGCCGAAGCUGUGUAUGCUGGGGGUUUGCCUUCUGAUUCGAACAGCGAGGAGAUCAUAUUGCAAAAGGAGCAUGGGCGUGGGAUUGUCUGUACGAGAGACUUUAGCGUCCUGUAUAGCGAGAAUGAUGGUUUUAGGCCGACGGGCUCCUCUCAGCCAUGA